CUCUUUGAAUUGGCAAAUAAAGAUUUAUUCAAAUCCAAAGAUUCAUUAAGAUCAAGUGCUGAACGCUUUCUCAACUUGACUUUCUCUGCUCCGCAUCGUUGCAGAGCAUGAUGGUCCCUCCCCUAUACGAAACUCUUUGUGAAAAUCUUGUUGGGACUUUUUUUCCUCCCUUUCCCUUGAACGUCAAGUGUAAUUCCUACCAAGGGUUUCGUCUCUGAGCUCUCCCUGUCUUGAAGGUGGAGCAGAUAUGAGAAGAAACGGACUAUCAGCCAAUCUAACCGAAAACCUCUGAGAUGAAGUAACUUUUACACGCUUCCUGCUUAAAAAACAAGCAUCUGUUUGCGGAUUGAACAUCUCCAUCAAUCGAAUGAUAGCAGGGGUCUCUCUGCAAUGGGCCCGGUACCCUUAAUGCUCCUGCUUUCCAUCUCAGCGCUGGCUGUGCUGGUGUCUGCAGCAGUGGACGAUCCCACAGGUGACGAUGAUUACACCUGGCCACAGAGGAAAGUACCACUGCUACAAGAAAAGCAAACGGUGCAUCUGGGCAGUUCAGAGUUUUUGGCCAAGCCGCAGAGUGAGCUCCAUGGGAUAUGUGGCAUUGAGUGCCAGCGGGGUCUUCCAAAGCCCAGUCUGGAUGAUCUGGAGCAGCUACUGUCCUACGAGACCAUGUACGACAACGGAACACGCACGCUCACCACCGUCACCGUGCAGGAGCUAAACGCGAGCGACGACUGGACGGGAGGCUCUCGGUUGCGCGCUCGCCGAAGACGAGAGGUCUACGGCACGGAUACGAGGUUUACCAUCGCUGACAAGCAGUACUCCAUGAAGUAUCCUUUCUCCACAUCUGUGAAGAUCUCCACGGGUUGUUCUGGAGUACUGGUGUCCCCCAAACACGUCCUGACGGCCGCUCAUUGCAUCCACAACGGUACGGACUACCUAGACGGGGUACAGAAACUCAGCGUCGGCGUGCUGAAAGAGCGUUCCCGCCGGAAGAAAGGCCGGAAAGGGAAAGGAAGGAAAGGCCAGAGGAAACAUGAAGAAGACGAGGAAGAAAUCGACGAAAAUGGAGAGAUUGGAGAUAAGCAUGAACGUAAGGGUAAGGGUAAGGGCAAAGGCAAAGGAAGAAGGAACCGUAGUCGCCGCAGCACCGUCUCUGAACAGCCCUCGUUCCGGUGGACGCGGGUGAAACAGAUGCAGGUGCCGAAGGGCUGGUUUAAAGGCAUCUCAGAGGACAUUGUGGCCGAUUAUGACUACGCCAUCCUGGAGCUUAAGAGGGCGCAGAAGACCAAGUACAUGGAUUUAGGCGUCAUCCCCUCCGUCAAGAAGCUGCCCGCUGGACGUAUCCAUUUCUCGGGAUUCGACGAUGACCGACCGGGCAACCUGGUGUACCGCUUCUGCUCUGUAUCCGAGGAGUCCAACGAUCUGUUGUACCAGUAUUGCGAUGCCAAACCCGGCUCCAGCGGCUCAGGUGUCUACAUUCGCCUUAAAGAACCUGGCAAGAAGAAGUGGAAGCGGAAAAUCAUUGGCGUGUUCUCGGGUCACCAGUGGGUGGAUGUUAACGGGGUGCAGCAGGAUUACAAUGUGGCCGUACGAAUCACACCCCUGAAGUACGCACAGAUCUGCCGCUGGGUCCACGGGGACUCUAACCAAUGUCGGGGCACCUGAGAGAGACUCCAUCAGUGGCCUGUCUGACUGCCUCGGUCCCGGCUCUCACCAACCCUUGUGCCUCCCAUUUGUGCACUACACAAACUGCUGCAUUCAUCAACACUAGAGACUAUAACACACCAUUGAACUUUUCCAAGCUAUUUUGAUACCUUAAUUUAUUUUAUUAGACAACUUUUGUUAUGAAUCAGUUGGAACGAAUGUACUUCUAGAUUCAGUCCUAACGAGAACUAAUUCUGUCCUAAACUGUUGUUUUGAAUUAGAAAAUGUACUUCAAUCAGUGUUGUUUGCUAUGGGAGGCAUUUGUUUUGUCUGGAUACCUUGAAAGCUAGAUCUGACUAGUUGACACAAGAAAAAAAAAAAACUUUUUUUUUCUGAGAGAAGAAGCUUUGAUGUUUGUUAUUUUCCUUUUUUCUUUUCGAAGAACACAUAAGUAUCAAUAUGCUGGUGUUCUUUGAAAUUCUUUAUUCUUGUUAUCAUUGUUAUUGUUAUUAUUAGAUGUGACCCUGGAUCACAAAACCAGUCACAAGUCGCAGGGGUAG